AUGGCACGCGUUGCCUCGUUCAAUAUUCAGCGUUCACAAAAUUUGAAUCAUCUCGCGAACUUGAUCUUUGAUUCGAAGUUCGAUUUUGUUCUUCUCCAGGAGUUUGCUUUACCUUCCUCUUAUAAUGGUCAACACAGGUUGGAAAUUUUUCAACCUUCUCGUUCGUCGCUGUCGGCAAUUGCAUGGUUACGUGGUACUGUUGACUAUGACCUCUCUCUGGUGGAUGGAGGCCCCUUCCGGGAAAAAUGGUCAAUCGUAUCACAAAAUAAUUUGCAAUUCCCCACAUCCACCCCCAUGGCUCUCACCACCUUCACAAGUGAUAUGGUGAUCCACCACAACGAUUCUGGACAAUAUUUCUGGCUCAUUUCAACCUAUUCUCCAUGCGAGUCAACUCCACUUCAUCGAGGCUUUCAUAAGUGUCUCCAUGAGGCCAUUCGCGCUACUUAUUGCGACUUAAGGGACAGAUACAACGGCAUAUCUACCAUCCUUGGCGGCGAUUUCAACUAUGACCCUGCGCGAACGAUCGCCAACUCCCGUCCUCAUCACGUCCGUUACAGGACUUGGGCGGAAUUUGAAGAUCUUGCGCAGGAACUUGGCCUUAACGAUGCCUUUUUACAAACCGCUCCGGCGGGGACCCAGGGGCAUACAAAUGGGAAAACCGGUCAUGGCUCGCGGCUUGAUCGGUUAUACACGUCGCCCCUGGUGACGGACAAGCUUCUCACAUUCUCCAUCCAUGCUAAGUUUGCGGGAACGCACCAUGGUAUUUCCAUUGCCAUCAUCCUCGACCCGGAGAGCAAACUAGCGUUGGGUCCAGGAAGAUACACGUUAAGGCCAGAAAACUUGUUGAAUCUGUUUAUCGACGAUUGGUUUCUGUUCAUGCCGCCAUCUACCUAUGCGGCUGCCACACUGUUGAUGCGAACAGUUGAGAUCAAGACUAGGCAGGUCCGAAAAAGUGCACGGAAACGUGUUCCGCUGUUGAUCACCCCUCCUGCAAACAGACCUUGA